GUUUGCAGAACGACCACAAGGCCCUGAUGAAGCAGGUGGAGGAAGCUCUUCACCAGCUGCACGCCCGGGAGAAGGAGAAGCACGCCAAGGAUGAGGCGGAGGCGUUGGCUGAGGCAAUGGGCCAGAGCCUGCCGCAGGCUUUUGCCAAGGUGAACGCGGUGACUCCAGGAUCUCCUGCGAGUAUCUCGGGGCUUCAGGUCGAUGAUGAGAUCGUGGAGUUUGGUUCUGUUAACGCAAACAACUUCCAGAACCUGCAGAACAUCGCCACAGUGGUGCAGCACAGUGAAGGGAGACCCCUGAGUGUGACUGUGAUCCGCAGCGGGAAACAAGUGCACGUGGGGCUGACUCCGAAGCGCUGGGCCGGGAAGGGCCUCCUGGGCUGCAACAUCCUUCCCUUGCAAAGAUGA